GGGGAACCCAAAAUGAAAAUGACGUGUUUGCAGAGACCCCCAACAAGUGCGGGGAGGGGGGCGAAGGUGGGCCUUGAAGCAUUCCAUGCAAUGUUACAGCCACUAACAUGUACUUGACAAGGAGCCACGGGGAAAAGAGGGAGAAGCAGCUGUUGGAGGAGGAGAGUGAGACAAAGAAGGAGCAAGGGGGGGCUGUCCUUACUUGCUCUCCUUGGCGUGGGAGGGGGCACAGCGAGGGGACUAAAGAGGAGCCCCGGUCAUUUUAUGUUUGCUGCGUGCACGGGCGAACGCAUGUGAGAGAGAGGCAUCAAAAAAAAAAAAAAAGACAAAAAAAGGGAAACCUUCCUUUGCCUUCCACUCCGGCCAUCAUGCACUGCAGGGGGAGGAGGGCGCUUCUUCUUCCCUGGCUGGCCGCGCUCCUGGCCGGGUUCCUGGCGGCCGGCUCGGAGUUCCAGCAUCACCGCUACGAGGACAUGGUGAGAGCUUUGUUCGCCGUGCACAACCAGUGCCCCUACGUCACGCGCGUCUACAGCGUGGGCCGCAGCGUGGAGGCGCGCCACCUUUACGUGCUGGAGUUCAGCGACAACCCGGGCAUCCACGAGGCGCUGGAACCCGAGUUCAAGUACGUGGGCAACAUGCACGGCAACGAGGUGCUCGGCCGCGAGCUGCUCAUCAAGUUCUCCCAAUUUCUAUGCGAGGAAUUCCAGGCGGGAAACCAGCGGAUCAUGAGGCUCAUCUACGACACGCGCAUCCACAUCAUGCCCUCCAUGAAUCCCGACGGCUACGAGGUGGCCGCCAGACAGGUAGCAGACACCCACAAAGUAUUUAUUUCAUAUGAAAAUAAGAUCGUCCUGAUGAAUUCAAAAUCCGAUUUUUCGAACCAGGGUCCCGAGUUCAACGGCUACCUGGUCGGACGAGGCAACGUGCGGGAAAUCGACCUGAACCGUAACUUUCCCGACCUGAACGCGCUCAUGUAUUACUAUGAGAAGACCAACGGACCGAACCACCACCUCCCGCUGCCUGACAACUGGGAGCAGCAGGUAGAACCGGAGACACGUGCAGUAAUCAAAUGGAUGCAAAACCACAAUUUUGUCCUGUCUGCCAACCUUCACGGCGGAGCCGUGGUGGCCAACUACCCCUUUGACAAAUCUCGGGACGUCCGCAUCCGAGGGAGGACCACCUACGCCGCCACCCAGGAUGACAAAAUCUUCCGAAACUUGGCGAAGACUUACUCGUACGCACAUAGCUGGAUGCACAACGGCUGGAACUGCGGCGACUACUUUGAAGAGGGGAUCACCAAUGGCGCCAGCUGGUACUCCCUGUCUAAGGGCAUGCAGGACUUCAACUAUUUACACACAAACUGUUUUGAGAUCACGCUGGAGCUGAGCUGCGACAAGUUUCCGCCCGAGUCGUCGUUGCCCCGAGAAUGGUUGGGCAAUCGCGAGGCGCUAGUUUCCUUUGUGGAACAGGUGCAUCACGGGAUAAAAGGCAUGGUGUAUGAUGAAAACAACAACCCGAUUAAGAAUGCUGAGAUCUCCGUGUCGGGCAUCAACCACGACGUCACCAGUGGAGUGCACGGCGAUUAUUUCCGACUGCUGUUGCCCGGCACGUACGCGGUGACGGCCACCGCCCCGGGUUACACCGUCUCCUUGAGCACCAUCGUGGUGGGACCGGCUGAAGCCACCCAGCAUAAUUUUUACUUGAAGAAAAAGGUACCCAAACUGACCGUGAAGACAAAGAACCACGGCAGGAGGAACCUGUCAUUUCCCAAGUCCACUUUAAAACUGGGCCCGAGAUGAGGUGGCAAUUUCGGGAACACACACACAUGCACACACAGUACUUUUAAUUUAGUAGUUCUGUGUUUGUUUUUUUUGUUUAAGUUUGUUUGUUAAUACCAGUGGUUUAAAUAAUUAUUCCAAGAACAAUGUAUUUAUGUAACAGUAUAACUGCACAUGAAGAUGGCUGUCUUUUUUUGGGGGGGGGGGGGGAAUUGAGAUUUGCUGAAUAUAAAAAUAAAAGAAUGUGUUUUCUUCUCCUGUCACGUGACUUAACUUCUUAAAUAUCUGAUAUUUUUCUGAUGAGUAUGAAAGCAUCCUAUUAAGAAAGUCUUUCCAGAGGGUGGCGGCAAAGGACAAGAUGUCACAAAGCCUAUUUGCAACUAACAUUAGAGAGCACUGUCACAUAAAAUCUCAUAAUUGUAAAUAAAAUACAUCCUUCUUGAAGAUUAA